CCACGACAAUUAAGGGAUUUGUUAUUCGGUCUGUGCAUGAAACCUCGUGUCUCGAUUUAUAAAUAAUUAAUCAGUAAAUACAAAAAUUGAUUUCUUUUUUUUAAUAAGCAAAGUGAAUCAUUGAGAAAUAAUGAAAGUGUCAAUAUUCUCAGGAGUAUUGGUAUUGAUAUUGUUUUACUUUUCGGAGAUUAGGGGCCAUGGAAUGUUAAUGCAACCGGUGAACAGAGCGAGUGCCUGGAGAAAGGGAUUUCGUACCCCAAUUAAUUAUGAUGAUAAUGCUAAUUAUUGUGGAGGAUUUAAUGUUCAAUAUGCGGCGAAUAAGGGAAAAUGUGGAGUUUGCGGCGACAAUUAUGCAACAAAGCAGCCGAGGCCUAACGAAAAUAAUGGUCAUUAUGGAAAAGGCGUCAUCGUUCAAAGGUACAAAGCGGGAGAAAAAAUCGAUUUAACAGUUCAAAUCACUGCCAAUCACAUAGGUUACUUUAAAUUUGCAAUUUGCCCACUAAAAAAUGCUGACGACAUCGAAACAGAAGCUUGCUUCAAAAAAUACCCAAUAACUCUGAUGAACAACAAGGAUAGGUACACGGUACCAGCGAGACUUGUCGGACUAAUAAAAAUAAAAGCCUAUCUUCCGGAAAAUCUCACCUGCGAACGAUGUGUCCUGCGAUGGCAUUAUCGGGCAGGCAACAAUUGGGGAGUCUGUCCAAAUGGAAGAGGGCAAUUGGGCUGUGGAAAUCAAGAGACAUUCCGAACCUGCUCCGAUAUUGCAAUUGAUCCAUAAUUUAUUAAUUUCCCAUCCUCAUCUUUUUAUACAAAAAAAUGUACCUGCAACAAAAAAUUAAUUAAAAAAUUAAUUUAAUCUUUUUAUACUAUAAAAAAAUGUAUCUGUCAAAAAAUUAAUU